UUUGUGCACUUAGGGGCACGGGGUCACAUGCCAGGCAAUGUCUCGUGAUGUCAGUGACGACAAUGAAAAUACUUUUAAGUAUUUUACUUCCUUCUUCACUGUCGCUAUAAGAGAGAGGUCCUGGUCCAGCGUCUCUCUGAGCCACACAGCGAGCGAUCUCAUCGACGCCUUGGGUCAUGGCGAGCGCGACUCCCAGUGAGAGUGUGGACAGUGAGCUGUGCUGCUCCAUCUGCUUGGACACAUUCGUUUGCCCCUCCACGCUGAGCUGCGGACACUCGUUCUGCCUGCAGUGCCUGGAGGCCGCCUGGGAGACGGUGAGCAGCUUCAGCUGCCCGCAGUGCCGAGCGACCUUCCCUGUGCGACCCCAGCUGAGGAGGAACGUGGCCCUCGCGAACCUGGCAGAGCAGCUCAGAGUUGGAGAUGGGAUGGCCACGGCCAUCGUGUGUGACAUCUGCGGUGAUGGCCACACUCCUGCAGUGAAGACCUGCUUGAGAUGCGAGAUGUCCUACUGUUUUUCACACUUCAGGACUCACGUGGAGAAUCCCAGGUUGAGAGACCAUGCUGUGGUGGAUCCCACUGCGAGCUUGGAUGAGAGAAGUUGCCCUCAGCACAGUGAGGAGCUGAAAUUCUACUGCAGAGUAGACAGCAGCCUGGUCUGCCCAUCUUGCACAAUCGCAGGUGAACACACAGGACACAAGGUCUUGACACUGAAGGAAGAGCACGAGACACGGAAGGUGAGGCCUUCAGAGAAAGAUCAUCAGGAUACGCGCGUAGGGGAGGAGACGCAAGCGGUGGAGGAGAAGAGGAAGGAGGCGGAGGAGUCCGUGAAGUGGAUGGAGGCCGCUCGCAAGGAGGCGCAGUCAACCGUGGUCCCCGUGUCUCCGCAGGAAUCGGUGGCCGGGAUCAGGGGUCGCAUCAUGGGCAAGUUCGCCCGCCUAAGGAAGGCUCUGGACGAGGACGAGAGGGAGGCUCUACGUCGCGUAGCCGUGAAGGAGCGAGAGCUGCUGUCCCGGAUAGACGAGGACAUCGCUCGUCACAAGUGGGAGAUCGGCGAGAUCCAGGAGGUGGCCGCUCGCCUGCGCGCUCUGCAGCACGAAAGGGACUCGCUCGCCUUCCUGCAGGGGCACCUUGAGGUGACGCACAGGAGAGAGAUCUCAAAGGAAUCUGCACCCCCACCUCCCACUUCACUGGACGCCACCACGAUCCGCUCCCUUGAAAGGGCCAUGCGCAGACUCCUGCCUCUCGUCUAUGGACGCUCACCGACUCUGGACACAAACUCAGCCCACGACCGCCUCCAAAUUUCCUCGGAUCUCAGGACGAUGACGCGGAGCGAUGUCGCCCAGGGUCGCCCCCAUCAGACACACCGCUUUGAUGUCUAUCCACAAGCCCUGUGCUCUGAGAGCUUUUCGUCGGGUCAGCACUACUGGGAGGUGGACGUUGGGAGCGCUGAGUGGUGUUGGGUUGGAGUCGCGUACGGGACGAUCCCACGGAGAGGGGUUGGUGCUGAGUGCCGCCUGGGAGGGAGUGACGUCUCCUGGUGUCUACAGAAACAUGGCGAUAGCUUCUCAGUGUUUCAUGGCGGGGUAAAAACAUCAUUGUCAGUGCCGGAGCCUCCGCGGAGAGUUGGGGUUCAUCUGGACUGGGACGCGGGACUGCUGUCAUUUUACAGCGCCGACUCCAUGGCGCUGUUGCACUCGUUUCACCAAACAUUCACUCAGCCCCUACACCCUGGGAUGCUGGUGUGGGGUGGUGAUGGUAACUCAGUGAGGAUUGUGGAUCUGAGUUGUGCGUCCUGAGAGAGGUGAACGUGAACAGCGCAGAGGGCAGACGCCACGACGCACGGCGCUCGCCACCCUCGUCACCGUCACGCGCAGUGCCACACCCGUGACUGCCUAGUGGCUGUCGGUGGC